UGAGGGACACGAUGUGAGCAAUGCAACUGCAAAAUAUCGUACAACUAUUGUACAUUUAAUAAAUCCUGGAAUAACACCAAAAGUUAGCCUGUGUACAGUUUUUUUGCAACAAAGACACAGAAACCUGUUGGAGGGCAGAAGAAAAUGAGGACCAUAUGUUUUGUAUUCCUUAUUUUUCUGUGGCUGCUGCCCCUGACAGUAAAUGGUAUGCCAACACCAAGCUACAAUCACAUCACCACAAAUUUAACGACUGGUGAGGUGACAGCAAGUGAAAAGACCUUUACAUCUGGCUUUCAUACGGAUGACGAGACAGUACAACUUAGUGGUUCCUCAAUGAAUACCACCACAAUAAAGCCUGUAGGGGUUUUGCCUACACUAGAUGCCGAGGCUGCAGGUACUGAUUUCACAUUGACCCAGAUUGCCACAACAACAGAGACGCUAAUUACAACUGCCAGCCCUGGACCUUUCCAGCCACCAGCUCAGUAUUCUGCAACACUCGGUCUGGAAGGAUCAACAGAUACCCAAACAGUACCAAAUCCAAGUAUUUCAGUUUUGUCUUGGUCAAAUGACUCGACAACAGAGGGAACACAAAACACAACAGGAGUCCCACCUCAACUCGCAUCAUCAGCGACAACAGCUAUAACCAUUCGAACCAACAUCUCAAUCACAGAGGCUCCAAGUACAUCUCCACCGCCAAGCACUGCCUCUCAAAACCCAAGCAGAGAAACAACAUCCAACCUCACUGCCACUCGUAAACAUCUUACCAGCCCACCUUUGGUAGGUCCAACACAGGCAACAACUUAUUUCUUGAAUGAAACACGUUCUGCUACGCCUGCUGAACACAACUCUACGCAUGAAGGCACAGUCACAGUUGAUGGUGACAGUGGUGGGGCUACACGGCACACAGAAGGUAUGCACAAAACAUCCAUGGCAACCACGAGGAAACCACUAAUUGUCAUGACCAAGGCAAAGAAGAAACCAAAAACACAAGAGAAAAACACUGACAACAAGUCAAAGGCAAAUAACCAUGGUAUAGCUGUGGCAUGGAUAAUAGGUGCAGCAUUAGUGCUGAUGUUGGUGGGGUUCCUGGUCAUCUAUGUAAAGAAACAGAAGCUCCAGAAGCAGCAGGUCAACACUAGAGACUGGGCUGGCCCUUCACCAUUUCUCGAUGGUGCACAUGACAGCAAUGGCCAGGUAGAAAUGAGGUCAUUCAAUCGAGUUUCCCUCACCAGCUUCCUGCCUCAGAGGCUUUCCAGGAGGCUGUCCUUGCUCCAGGAAAUGGAUGAAGAAGACAUUAAGACAGACAGUACAUUUAGAGAUAAUCCCCCUGGCAGUACGUUUGGAAUUGAGGUAGCCAAAGAUGACACACAAGCAGGAAAUGAAACCGCUGUGGUGGUUUCAGAAAAGACCCAGAUGGGGGAAGCUCAAGAGGCUGAUGGACCUCUUUUCGAAGAGACCACUCCACAAACCAGUGACACAUCAUCCACACCUAACCCUGAAACUAAACAGACUGCUGCACCUUCAGAGCCUGUUGACCUCGGAGAGGAUAAUUCUGCAACUGCCCCUCCUCCAUCUCAUUCUGUAGACCCAAGCCCUCCACCACUGUUGGAUGAAGGUCAGGUUCAAACCUAGAUGAAAAGAGCAUCCAAUCUUUUCGCCAAGCACAUUUAGCAUAAACUCUAUUCUGCAGAAUCACUUUCACUGGACUGUGCAGCAACAAGUGUGACUAUAAAGACAGGAAACUCACUCUGGUCCUUAUCCUAACAGAGGAAACCACAGUCACCAAGGUACAGAGCAAAAAGAUGCCUAUCUUUACCACCCC